UACUGUCAUUUAAAAUAACAGCAAUUCACAAUAGUGGUUAUUGAGAACCAACACAAUACAGUACAUCAGCUGUCAAAAGUUUUUAUUGGAGCCGCUUAUAAAAAUUAUUGUAAAUUAAAUUAGAUAUAUAAAUUUAUGUUGUAAACUAACAAUUUCAACACAAUCGCAGUUCGUUUUAUAAUAAAGUUGUUAUAUUAUACAAUAUAAAAAAACAAUGACGACUACCACCGAAUCUUUGGUUAACAAAUUGCAAGAAAUAUCAAUUGAUGAAUUAGCUGCCAGACACCGCCGAGAAAAAAAAGAGCUACAGGCUAAAAUACAAGAAAUGAAAAAGUGUGCAAAAAACGAUAAAAAGAAACGUAAGGAAUUAUUGGAAGAAAUCACUCGAUUGGAAAAUCAUUUAAUACAGCGACAACAGCAGGAGUUGAUGCUGUCACAGCAAAUAUUGCAAGAACAAAAUCAAAUCCUUUUGCUUAAUGAAAAUCACAACACUGAAGAGCUCGUGGACAAUAAAGAAAAUGCAGAAGAUGAGGAAAAACCAGAACGUAUUUCUAAAGCUCAAAAACGGCGGAAUAAAAAAGCAAACGAAGCACGUCAACGAGAAGAGGAUAUACUUGCUGCCAGCAAAGACGCGAAAAACGAACCCAAAGCGGUGGAGCAACGAAAGUUAGUAGCAAAACUGAAAGAAAUGGAUUUGAUGAUUUUUGAAGUGCCAUCAGAUGGAGACUGCCUAUACAAUGCCAUUCGUCAUCAACUUGGUUUGCAUGAUUUACAUGGUUUUACCGUUGAUGAACUUCGUGAAGAAACUGCCAAAUACAUACGUGAAAAUAAGGAUACACUUAUAUGCUUCAUGACUGACCCACAUACCGGAAAUCUAUUGGACGAUGAACAAUUCGAACACUACUGUAAGUCUGUGCAAAGCACACCUGCCUGGGGUGGUCAUAUUGAGUUAAAGGCUCUGUCAUCUGUACUUGAAAUACCAAUCGAAGUUAUUCAAGCUGAAGGUUCAAAUACGGUACAGGGAAACGAAUUCAAAGGUCCAAAGUUAACAAUAACUUACCACCGACAUAUGUAUAGUCUAGGCGAACAUUAUAACUCAACGGUGGCGUUGCUUUUGGAAGAACAUACGGAUGAUGAAUAAAUACUGCAUUUAAAACAUAUUUAAUAAAAUUGUUACGAAUUUUUAAGGCUCCUAAAAUACAAGAACUAAAGUUUUUUAUUUUUAUGAUCCAAAGUGUUCCAAUUGGUGUGGACAAUGCCAAAAAAAAGUCAAAAUUUAAUUAUAAAAGAAACUUUGUUUCAUCAACUUAUGAUGUGGCGGUGCAUCUCCACAGAGCUACAUAUGCGGCUUUGUAACAAAACUAUAGUAAUUUAUAUAAAUAUACAUCAUUUUUAAAAUGUAUUUU